GACGCAUGUUGUUCAACGCUCUCCUAUCCCCUCCUCCAUCCCUCGUGGGAUAAAUGUGAGCUUUACGACCACCUCUACCAUCACUGCUGCUACCAUCACCGCGGGGGACUGCCGCGGGCGAUACUCGACGAUGGCAUUGGCCGCCCUCACUCUUCUCGCCUUGCUCCUCGCCCUCGCGUGGUUAACCCUCCCCGCCUCCGCCACCUCCGCCUCCUUUGUGGGCGUCAAUUACGGGCGUCUCGGCGACGACCUCCCUCCUCCCGAGGCCGUCCCCCGCCUCAUCACAUCCAACGGCAUCGGCCGCGUCCGCAUCUUUGAUGCCGACCCCGCCGUUCUCCACGCCUUUGCUAACACCGGCAUCGAGCUCGUCGUCGGCCUCCCCGACAGCUACCUUCCCGCGAUGGCCGCCGACCCCGACGAGGCCCUUGCCUGGGCCCGCGCUAACAUCCAGGCCUACCUCCCUGCUACCAAGAUCGCGGCCGUUACCGUCGGCAACGAGGUGCUCACCAAUGCCCACGAUACCGGCUUCGCCCUCGCCCGCUGCCUCGUCCCCGCCAUGGAGGCGCUCCACUCCGCCCUCGCCACCCUCGGCCUCGACGGCGUCGUCGCCGUGACCACCGCACACUCCCUGGCCGUGCUCGCCACGCCAUCCUACCCGCCCUCCGCCGCCGUGUUCCGCCGCGAACUCCUCCCCUACAUCUGCCCCCUCAUCGCCUUCCACGCCCGCACCGGCUCCCCGUUCUUCGCCAACGCGUACCCAUACUUCGCUUACCAGCGGGACCCCUCCCGGAUAGCGCUCGAGUACGCCCUCCUCGACCCCAGCGCCGCCAGCAUCACCGACCCCGGGUCCGGCCUCCGCUACGCCAACUUGCUCCACGCGCAGGUCGACGCCGCCUACCACGCCAUUGCCGCGGCCGGUGGCGACGCCGGGAAGCGGGUUGAGGUGACAGUAUCGGAAACAGGGUGGCCGUCGGCAGGUGACCCGGACGAGAUCGGGGCCACGCCGGAGAACGCCGGCAGGUACAACAGUAACCUGAUCCGAUUGGUGUGCGAGAAGAAGGGGACACCGCUGGUGCCCGGGACGCCCCUCCGGGCGUACAUCUUCGCUCUCUUCAAUGAGAACCAGAAGGAGGGGCGGACAUCGGAGAGGAAUUUCGGGCUCUUCAAGGCCGACGGCACACCCGCCUACCAUCUCGACAUCAAGAUGCCGCCGGAGGACGACACCACCUCGGGCGGAGGCAGCGAAAGCGGCGGAGGCGACGGAGGCUACGAAGGCGAGCCCGACGGCGCGUCCUCCUCGGGCUACUUCGGCAUCUCCUCCGCAGCGCAACAAUGGAGGACGAAGGCUUCAGUGGCGGCGGCGGCGGCGGCGGUCGCAGCUAUUAUCUUGCAUCUGCCUUCUUUGGGUGGCUUUGACAGCUGAGACGCGGAAGAAAGCAACCAUUGUUUCAAUAAGCUUCGAUGACGCCUCACGCCUCGGUCGACUCGACAGCACCUGGUCAAACGGACCAAACGUCGGCCAAGACGCAUUAACGCCAUGUUCAAGCCCGGUCGUCCACGUCAACACCAAUGUCGGACGCUACUAGGAGUACGGGCCUGCCCCAGCAAACGGGCACAUCAAGAAACGGUAAGCUUCCCUAUAAAUACCCUCGUAUUCUGAACGAAGAGGGGGGAGGACACAGAAAGACUUCUUCAUCUGAAACCCCCUUCACAUCAUCUGAUUUGAUCGUCGGAGGGGUCGGGUCGAGCACCCUGACCCGACCUUUAUGUAGAUGCGAAGCCGAAGGUCCCCACCGGACGUGCAAGUGAGGAGUUCUUGCCCGGAGGAAACGACGACCCCGUCCCGAUCGAACCACCAUGAGCGACUACCUCAGCGAUCUCGAGGAACGCCCUAGGGAGAUCCCCCAUCAUCCGGAUCCGAAUCGAAUUGCAUCAGCCCCGAGGUCACGAUUCAAAGUUGUUUACCCCCGACGGAUGUAUAGUGACAUCUAAUAUUGGUAGUGUGUUGUACUGUGGUCAAACAGUAUGGGUUGUGGACAUCAGGUUUGACCAUUAUGAACUGAUUAGAUUUAGGGGUGUGGUUAAGAACCAUUGAAACGUUGACCCAAGGAUACUGUUUGUUGUUGACUGCUAUA